AUGGCAGCCCUCCCGGGGGCGCCUUCGCUUGCGGAGCUCCAAACCUCCGCCGAAGCGGGAUGUAUUCACGCGCAGUGCGCGCUCGGCGACAUGCUCUUUGAGAGAGGCGACGAGGCGGCCGCUUCGGCAGUGUGGCGACAAGCGAUUGGGUUGAGCGUCCUGCGGCGCCAGGCAGCAAGUGGAGGUGCAGCGCGCUUGGUCGCUGCGCCAGCAGGCCACGCGCGUGACGUUGCUGCGCCCGCCGCCCUCCGCGUCGGCGUCAUCGGCUGCGGGCCAAGUGGCCUCAUCGUGCUCAAAGAGUGUCUCGACCGCGGCUUUGCGUGUACGGCGUUCGAACAGGGCUCGCGCAUCGGAGGCGCCUUCGCGACGGCGUAUGAAGGCGCACAGCUCACUUCGUCCUCGGUAAUCACCGCCUUCGGCUGCCAUUCGGACGGGCGCGAGGCGUCGCCCACUUUCUGGUCUGCCGAGGACUACGUGCAGUACCUGCAGGCCUUCGAGCGCCGCUUCGGCCUCACCAAGCACGUCCAAUGCGGCUCGACCGUCGAGGCCGCUAGACGCGACGAGCACGGCGCGUGGAUCGUCGACGUCGUCGUGGGCGGGGAGGGCGGCGGCGCGCACCGCGAGCAGCACACCUUCGAUGCACUCGCCGUCUGCUCCGGCCUACAUCAGGAGUGUCCUGCGCCUGCGUGGCCGGCGUGGGCGGAGCCGUACGUGACCGCCGGCGCCGCGGGACCGUGCCGCGUGCUGCACAGCUCGCAGUUCCGCCGCGCCGCCGACUUCGCCGGGCAGCGCGUGCUGGUGGUGGGCUUGGGCGAGGCGGGCUCUGACCUCUCCCUCGCGAUUGCCAAGGCGGGCGCGGCACACGUGGCCAUCAGCACCCGUGCGAACGGGCCGGGCGCAGUCGUUGGCCGCUGGGCGACGGCCGACGAGCCGGCGGACCUGCAGACUUCGCGCGCCAACAUGGCAGAAGCGUGGGGGCCCAAGGAGUACCACUGGUUGUGGAAGUCAGUGCUGCAGAGCGCCAAGGGCAGCCCGCGCGAGGCCGAGCUGGUGCGCACUGCGCUCGGGGCGGCGCGGCAGCCGCCCACUUUUGACGAGCUCGAGCGCGAUGCGAUGGCGUGGAAUCACCGCCACCGCAACUUGCCGUUCAGCCGCUUCGGCACGAAGAAUUUCGCCUUCCUGGAGGCCAUCCGCUACCACGGCGCCGCGCAGGUUGGCGAGGUUCGACAGCUCUUGCCCGACGGACAGCUGAUGCUCGCCGACGGCACGCGCUGCGCGUUCGACGCUGUCGUUUGCUGCACCGGCUACGAGAGCUCCUUUCCCUUUUUCGAGCGCCACAUGCCCGACCUCGCGCGCGCAGCGGGCGACGCGCGCACGCGCUUCAAGCACAUGCUGUGCCCUGCGUUUGGCGCCACCCUCGCCUUCGUGGGCUUCGCACGGCCGGCCUUUGGUGCGGUGCCUCCGAUGAGCGAGCUGGCGGCGCGCUACUGGGCGGCGCUGCUUGCGGGCGAGCUCACGCUGCCAAGCCACGCGGCGAUGAUCGACGCGAUCGCACGCGAUCGCGCUGCGGAGACGCGGUUCUUCGAGCGCGAUGCCGGCCGGCUGACAGCGCUCUGUCAGUACCGCACCUACCUUGACGAUCUCGCCGCGCUGCUCGGCUGCCUGCCGCGGCUGCCGCUGCUGCGCGCGAACCAUGCGAGCGUGUGGCAUCGCGUGAAGCGCUCCGCCUUGUGCGCCGCGCAGUUCCGCCUGCACGGGCCGGGCGCGAGCGAGGAGGCGUGGCUGAGCAUGGCACGCAUGCCGCUGCCGCGCGCGCGCCGCCAGCCGCGUUGCGCCGUUGCGGCUAAAGUGAAGGCACUCGCCGAGUUCGACGAAGAUGAAGACGGCGAUCACGCGUGGCUCUGGUCCAAUCACCCGCCACCACCCAUCGCCGCCAGCUUGCGUGCCCAAGCCGCCGCUCCCUCGCCCGAGAAAGCGACCGUCGCCGAGAGAGCCACCGAGCGAGCAGCGCAGCACGCGCGUUGGCUCGAGCCGAUUGCAGUGGCGUGUGACGCGCCGGUGGAGGAGCUCGCCGCGGCUAUCGAGCAAAGCGGCGGCGUGCUGCGGCUGGUCGGCGCCGGCGUGGGAGCGCCAUACGAGGCGACAGGCGCGCUCUUCGACGGCGUGAUCGCCCGCCACGCGCAGCUCGGCCUCGGCGUUUCGUCGGAGGCCGGCCGCCUCGAGCGCGGGCUCUCGUGGAAGGGUCGUUGGCCAUGGCUCUCGCAGCCGGGCCAAAACGCCGACCAGAAGCGCGUGCUCGACUAUGCCUUCGGCCACUCGGAGCUGGGCGCGCACGAGGCGCUGCCACCGGCGCUCGCCGCGCUCGCCGCCGAGCCGCUUGCUUUCCUGGACGCCGUCAUGCACGGCCGUUUGUCCACUCUGCACGAAGCGCUCGCGCGCGUCACGCGCUGCGCCGCGCUGCGCACCGAGGCCCAUUCGCUCAAGUACCGCCUCUCCGACUACAUGGCGCACGGCGGCGCGCCCUGCGGUGCUGAGGCGCCACGCCCGCUGCGAUGCGCCGAGCACCGCGACUACGGCACGAUGGCGCUGAUUUUCGAUGGCGGCGUCCCGGGCCUUGAGGUGCUACGUGAUGGCGCGUGGUACCUCGUGAAGCCGUCGGCGGACGACGCGAUCCUCAUGCUCGGCUGGGCGACGCACAUCCGCUCAAACGGGCGCGUGUCCGCGCCAACGCACCGCGUGCGAGACGUGGGCGCGGAGCUCCGCGAGGAUACCGCCACGCCGUCCGCGGGUGCCAUUCCGCGCCGGCUCUCGCUGGUCGCCUUCAGCUCACCGCCCCCGCAAGCGCGCCUCGCGCCCGAAGGGCUGCGCGAGGGUGAGGCGGCGCACUUCCGCGCAAGCGUCGCCGGAAGCGCGCACGCGCAAGCCCUCCGCGCCCACAAGAUGAUCUGA